AUGUUAGAAGUUGUUACAUUGUUUUGCAAAGUUUUUACUUACGAAUUUCAAAAAGUCUCCGAAGCAAUCUCGACUAGCAAUCAAAAUUCUUGGCAGUGACGACUUUUGCGAGAUACGAGAAAAUAAGUAAUAAUUUCGAAAUUAUUGAAAUGUAAUUCCCAUUCCUGCGAGAUAGGAGAAUAAUAAUUGAAACGAUAACGUGAAAACGAUUUUCACGAAUGGCAACAGACGCAGUCGGAGCUGGCGGUUCUGAACAGAAAGAUGCAGCAAUGCCUGCAGAAUUUGGAGAAAUCGGAGGAGCGUCGUUUGACGGCGCAAACCAAGCUGGCACAGGCGAUGGAGACGGCGGAAGAUGCGAAACGUAUCUGCAAGGUUUUGGAGACCAGAAGCAAGCAGGACGAGGAGAGGAUGGAUCAGUUGAUGGUGCAGCUGAAAGAGGCGAGGCUGAUCGCUGAGGAUGCUGAUACGAAAUCGGACGAGAUCUCGAGGAAAUUGGCUUUCGUCGAGGACGAAUUAGAAGCGGCUGAGGAAAGAGUGAAAUCGAGCGAGGCGCUAAUCAAAGGGUGGAGGAAUUUAAAACGCAACUGAAAGACUUGAAGGUAAAGUUGAAAGCUGCUGAAAAAAGAGCCGUCAUCGCUGAGAAGAUGGUCAAAGUGUUCUCGAAAGAGCUGGACGCGAGAGAAGGUACAUUUUACCAUUCCUUUUUGUACGCUUUCCAGCACAUCAUCUCCAUUUUCCAUAUUUACGGCCGUGUUUUUGUUUCUCAGACUUUCUAUUCAGAGAAAAGGAGAAGUACAAAUACAUCUGCGACGACAUGGACUCUACGUUCGCCGAACUCACUGGAUAUUAGUCGAACUUUUGUAACAUCGAACUCGGCUAUUUUCUACGUCAGUGUAUUCGUAUUGUUUCUUUUCUAUUAAAAACCACGCUCCAACUUACUUAUUCACUUGUUCCAUUCAAUUAAACCUAAAGAAUUAAUUACUAAAUUCAAUUUGAAGAAUUAAUUACAAAAUAAAGUAUGAAAUAAUCCUUGCUAACUGAAUUUAAAAUCAAUUUUAAUUGGAUGAAUUUUAUCUUUCACCGUUAUGUGAUAUAUCCUAUAUAAUUUGCUUCUUAAAAGCAGAGAAAAAGAUCUUGACAAACCAACAGAUAAAUUAAUUCGCUUAUCUCGAUAUCAACAGAUUAACGUUCUUCCAUCUAAAUGAAACAUCAAUUUACGUGAAAAUUCUUGCAAGAUGGAUCUUCACCUUUCAUUUUCAAGGGAUAACAAAAAACUAACAAAGAUGAUUUUUUUCGUACAGUACUUUACAGGAUAUCAAUUUAUUUUUUUUUUUUUAAUCGAUUCUACGAUCGACACAAUGCUUCGAAAUGCCAUACCACCGACUCGAGUACAAUUUCAGCAGUGGCACUAGCGGCCAGCGUCGCUUCGUUUGUUAACACGAUUGUUCGACACACAGAGGAAGAAAAAUCGUGGCUUUCUUGACCGAGUCAUCGAUGUCGCUCCGCAUGUGGCCGUGCCACUCAAGAAUAGAAUCUCGAUAUCGCAGACACACCUUCACAUUCGCGCCUCUUCUGUUCUCUCUCUCUCUCUCUCUCUCUCUCUCUACCUUUUCUCUUUCAGUUCUUUAUUAUUAUUGUUAUUUUUCUUUUUAUUUGUUAAUUUACAACGAUGCUAGUAGUAUAGUUACAGUAAUAAUUGUUCGUUUGAUUUGCUCACUCCCCACGCCUUCGUUCAUUCGCGAACGCGGUCAAAUCGGUGACGUAAUAAUGAAAUACUGAAUUAGAAACGGAAAGAAAAAAAGAAAAGAAAGGGAUCGCGACCAAGGGGGAAGUUUCGUAAAUUUCUUUAGAGAUACACGCAAGAUCUAGACAACUACUAUAGCGAUUUACGAAGUCCAUCGUCGAUCGGUUUUUCUUUCUCUUUUAGAUUUCUCGUAAAGCUUACCAUUUAUCGACACGUUUCGCUAAAAUGUCUUCCGCUACGUCAUUUUUUUUUUUUUUUUUUUUUAGUUUUACACUUUAUUUGUUGAGAAUAUAGCACUUACGACUAUAGUUGUACACGACUAG